AUCGUUAACAGUUCAACAUCAUCGCACUGAAGUGAUCCGCUAAGGCAGUGCAUGCUGAAGUUUCUGCUGCCCAAGAGAACAAAACGGAUAUUCACAAGUCAACCAUCAGCUUCUCUUCGUGUAAUCUCACAAGGGCUCAACAGCAGACGGAUUCCUUUCUUUUUUGGUAAAUGAAGUCCCACCAAGUGUGGGACGGAGAAGCGACGGUGGUCUUGCUGUAAAAGAAACUUUUGCGAAUAAAUAUAAUUGUCAGUGGCUUCAAGUGGCGGACUUUGAUUUUCCCAGCGGCGUGUUUGGAGUCGUGCUGGGCUGGCAGAAAUGGGGACGCGGAUACGUGCCCAUAAACUCACUCUUUUUAUCAUCCCUUUGAUAUUUACAUCGCACGUGUUUAAUGUGGUUCAGAGCUCUAAAGUGUGGGAUGAGGUGCCCUUUCCAGAGGAUCUAGAGGAAAACAAGCGGCCGGGAGGUUUUGUGGAUGAUGAAGAGUACUAUGAUCCUUCAGGAGAUAUCAGUGGAGAAGAGGAUGGAAGCACCCCCGAGCCGAGCACGGUUGAACCAGGCAUACCUAUAACAAUUUACUAUCGGGCACUGGUGAACUUCACAAACUCAUUCCAGUAUGGGCCUGAACUUGAUGACAUCUACUCUCCUGCUUUCAUAGAGAUCUCAUCUGCUGUUGUCGAUACGCUUGAGUCUGACUACAACAGGAUACCAGGACAGCAGACAGUCAAUGUGGUUCUCAUUAAGAAAAUUGACAAAGAUGUGUUUGUGGAGCUGGACGUCGGCUCGGAUAAUAACUCUAAUGAAACACAGAUCAGUGAUGUCCUGUUCUCAGUGGUUAAAGACGGCACUAUUGCCUCUUACGAUACCUCAGUAAUAGGCUUCCAGUUCAGACGGCUUGGAGAAGCUGAUACUCCUCCUCCUGUGGAGCCCAUCGUUGUGCCAGUGAUUCCCAGUGCCAGAGAUUGCUUGUCAGAUGAGUUCAGAUGUCAGGAUGGGCUUGCGUGUAUCCCUGUGGAGUAUGUGUGUGACAAACGGCCUGACUGUAGUGACUUGAGUGAUGAAAUGAACUGUGGUGUUCCUGUACGCCCUACUCCACCUACGCCUCCUAAAACCAGACCCCCACCUGGCCCAGGACCCUGCCGUGCAGACCAGGCUACCUGUCAGAACGGACAGUGUAUCUCACGGGAUUACGUGUGUGAUGGUGAAACGGACUGCACUGAUGGCAGCGACGAGUUCAGUUGUGGAACUCAGUCUCCCUGUGAACCCAAUGAGUUUAAGUGUCAGAACGGCCGCUGUGCCCUGAAACUGUGGCGUUGUGAUGGGGAUAAUGACUGUCAGGACAACUCAGAUGAGAUGAACUGCCCCACUAAACGUCCAGGGGACACAUGUGCCCCAGAGCAGUUUGUGUGUUUGUCUGACCGCACAUGCAUUCCUGCCAGUUACCAGUGUGACGAGGAGCCGGACUGCGCCGACCGCUCUGAUGAAUAUGGCUGUGCACCUCCCACUGUGACCGUCCCGCCAGAAGAGUCCAUCACAGCAGCGCGGGGAGACACUGUGACCUUUACUUGUUCUGCCAUUGGUGUGCCUGUUCCCAUCAUCACAUGGCGUCUUAAUUGGGGACACUUACCAACCAAUAGCAGAAUCACAAUGAGCAAUGAGAAUGGGCGAGGAACGAUCACCAUCCGUGACGUGAAGGAAGGUGACCAGGGCGCGUACACCUGUGAGGCCAUCAACGCUAAAGGCCUAGUGUUUGCCAUUCCUGAUGGGGUCCUCAGCCUGUCUCAGAGACCAAACCCAGUUGUGUCAUCCUCUCUGUACGUGUUAGCAGGUAACUGCCGUGAUGGGCACUUUAGCGUGGGCGGUCACUGCAUGCCAUGCUUCUGUUUUGGCAUCACAAAGAACUGUCAGAGCACCGGUCGCUACCGCAGCCAAAUCACACUGCGCUUCACAGAGGAGGAUGACUUCAAAGGAGUCAAUGUGUCACUUCCGAAUCAUCUAAGCACUCCACCACAUCUCUCCAACACUCAGAUGUUGAUCAAUCCAGAGAGUGAGGAGUUCCAGCUAGUGGAUCUGUCUCGCCAUUUCCUCGAUCAAGACACCUAUUGGUCUCUGCCUCGCCAGUUCCUGGGCAACAAGGUCGACUCGUAUGGAGGUUAUCUGAAGUUUAAGGUGAGUUACUCACUGCAGCGAGAUGGAUCGCAACCGAAGGAGAAACCUGAUGUUGUGCUGAGCGGCAACGGGCAGAAAUAUAUUUACCGCAGAGGCGACCCCACUUUACCUGACACAAUCAACCAUAGAGAGAUCAAGUUUACAGAGGAAAACUGGCAGCACUCUUCAGGACGAGCAGUAACUCGUGAUGACCUCAUGAUGACCUUGGCCAAUUUGGAGAGCAUCCACAUUCGCACCAUUUAUGACAACCGCAUGGCCAGUGUCGGUCUGAGUGACAUCAGCAUGGAUACCACCAGCAAAGAAUUCACCCUGCAGGAGAACCCGAGAGACGUGGAGGAGUGCAGAUGUCCUGCUGGGUAUUCAGGCCUGUCUUGUGAGUCCUGCUUCCCUGGUUUCGAGCGGGCACCUGGACCCUACCUGGGCAUCUGCGCUGGCUGUUACUGCAAUGGUCAUGCCAGUGCCUGCGACCCUAUUAGUGGACACUGUCUGAGUUGUCAGCAUAACACAGAAGGACCUCAGUGUGACAAAUGCAAGCCUGGCUUCUUCGGUGACCCAAGUCGAGGACGAUAUGAUGACUGCAAACCCUGUCCUUGUCCAUACACAGAGACUUCUCGACGGCUUUCAGAUACUUGCUUCCUGGACCAUGACAACCAGGCAACAUGUGACGCCUGCAGACCCGGUUACACAGGGCGACGUUGUGAGAAAUGUGCUCCAGGAUAUGAUGGCAACCCUAUUCAGCCCAAUGGCAAAUGUGUUCCUGCUGCUAGCCUGAUUUCCAAGUGUGACAACAGAGGAACCAUCAAUCCCAUCAGCAAACCAUGCUACUGCAAGGCCAAUGUGGUUGGUGCUCUUUGUGAUGAGUGUAAGAAUGGCGCUUUUAAUUUGGCAGCUGAUAAUCCUGAAGGUUGCAUGCAGUGUUUCUGUAUGGGAGUUACAAAACAGUGUGCCAGUUCAACCUGGAGCAGAGAUCAGGUUCGAGGUGGUGUCAAUGGCCAGCUCUUCACCCUUUCCAAUGCAGCAAACACUAGGACCAUCUCUGAGGGCAUCACCCAGAGAGCAAGUUCAGAGGUGGUCUACCGAUCCUUCACCAGUAUCCCUACUGACAUCUACUACUGGGUCCUGCCUCAGAAUUUUAGAGGGGACAAGGUCACAACAUAUGGUGGAGAACUGCAGUACAGUAUGCAUUAUGAGCCACAGGCUCGUUCACUAGUGAUUGAUAGACGACCUGAUGUGGUUCUCCAAGGCAGCAGCAUCGUCCUGGAGCAUUAUUCACUGACCAAACCACUUCCUAGAGUACCAGCCACAAUCACCGUGCCUUUUAGAGAGUCUGCAUGGAGACGGUCAGAUGGGCAGCCAUGUACUAGAGAGCACCUGCUGAUGGCUUUGGCCGAUAUCAGCGUAUUUAUGAUCAGAGCGACUUAUGCAGACAAUAUGGCUGAGAGCAGUAUCUCCAAUUUACAAAUGGACAUUGCAGUGCCCCACUCUACAGGAAACGAGAGGGCUCUGGAGGUGGAGGAGUGCGCAUGUCCUCAAGGAUACACAGGACCUUCUUGCCAGGACUGUGAUGUCGGCUACACCCGUACACCGGGACUUUAUCUUGGCACCUGUGAGAAGUGUGACUGCCACGGGUAUGCCAGCGGCUGUGACUUAGAGACUGGAGAAUGCCUAAAUUGCCUACAUAACACGGUUGGGAGCCGCUGUGAAAACUGCCUUCCUGGUUUCUAUGGAAAUCCAAGGACUGGUGAUCCACAGGCAUGUAGACCCUGUCCUUGUACCUUCACCCUGUACUCCAGUAGCAAGCCUUCAUCUUGUUACCUGGACUCAGAUGGACAGCCCACAUGUGAAUGUCCUGCUGGUUAUACUGGAAGACGCUGUGAAAGAUGUGCCCCAGGAUAUACUGGCAAUCCCCAACUUGGACAAAGAUGCACUGAAGUCAGCAGUAAUGGUGAUUGUUACCGCUGUGACCAAAGUGGUAGCGAAGGAUGUAGCGCAACUGGAAUCUGUCGCUGCAAGAUGAAAGUUGAGGGUUCAACAUGUUCCACUUGCAAGCAAGGGACCUUCUACCUCAGUCCUGCUAACAAAGAUGGCUGUCUGUCCUGCUUCUGCAUGGGCGUCACCCAGCAGUGCUCCAGCUCCAGACACUAUAGAGAUGUGAUUUCCACCAUUUUUGCCCCUGGCAACUACCAAGGUUUUGCUCUUGUAAACCGCCAGCGCACCAACCGCAUUGACAGCGGCUUCUCCGUAGAGCUGUCCACAGAUGGAACACAACUCUCCUACACUAACUUUAACUAUCUUGGACAGGAGCCACACUAUUGGCAGUUACCCAGUGCCUAUCAGGGAGACAAGAAGUCUUACUCUGCUCGAACUAGACGAGCACACAAGCAUCCUGCUGAUGAAGUACGCAAACUUGAUGAUGAAAUCUGGUCAAUCAUCACUAAUUUCUCCAAUGGGCAGUCUCCCUUCUCAUUCUCUUCAUCCUCUCAAACUUCCCAUUCUUCAUUUGAUGCCCAGAGUUCUCUAUCUCGGUCAAGUGUGCGUGCCCCUUCUUUCCAUUCUAGUAUAACUUCCUCUUUAAGGGCCUCUGAGUCCCAUUCAAACGACCCAGGCCAUUCCUCUCACCCUGACUCAUCUCAGCAGGUGGAACAGAGAAAAAACACUGUUGGUCUCCCUAGAGGUCCACGACCUGGCCCUUCUAACAAGUAUGUUUUGGUCUACAAUGGUUUCAGCUUGCACCCAGAUGACGUGCUCUUCUGGCAGCUCCCGGAGCAGUUCAAAGGGGUUAAGGUUGGUGCAUAUGGUGGAAAGCUGAAAUACACCAUCUCCUAUGUACCAGGACCCCGGGGUUCUCCAAUAGAAGAUGCUGAUGUUCAGAUUAUUGGUAAUGACAUCACGCUGGUGGCACGGCAACCAUGGAGAAGGGGGCAUGGAGCCAGAGAGUCACAGGACUUUGAGAUUGUUUUCAGAGAGGAACACUGGCAGCGUCCCGAUGGCAUGCCGGCAACCCGGGAACACCUGAUGAUGGUGCUCGCGGACCUCGAUGACAUCUUGAUCCGUGCCUCGCAUCACUCAGAGAUGCGCUCAUCCAGUAUCUCAGGGGUCCACAUGGAUAUCGCUGUGCCGGAGUACACUGGUCUGGCCCAGGCUUUGGAGGUGGAGCAGUGCCAGUGUCCUCCUGGUUACCAUGGUCUGUCCUGCCAGGACUGCUCUCCUGGAUACACUCGCACAGGAGGGGGCUUGUACCUUGGCCACUGUGAGCUGUGUGAAUGUAACGGCCACACGGACUCCUGUCACCCAGAGACUGGCAUCUGCACGAACUGCCAACACAACACCAAGGGUGAGCUCUGUGAACAGUGUGCUGACGGCUUCUUUGGAGAUCCAACUGCUGGAACCCCUGAGGACUGCCAAGCAUGUGCCUGCCCCGGCACUGACCCUGACAACCAGUUCUCUCGUACCUGUGAAAGUCUGGGUAACGGAGACUACCAGUGCACUGCCUGUCAGCCCGGCUACACUGGCCAGUAUUGUGAACACUGUGCGCCUGGUUAUGUUGGAAAUCCACAAGCAAGAAUCCCCUGCCGUAGUGUUGCUGCGUCUCUAGUGGUGAAGGUGUAUCCAGAAAGGGUUCAGGUGGCGCAGGGAAUCCCAGUCACUCUCAGGUGCCAGGUGUCUGGAUAUCCACCACACUAUUUCCGCUGGUCCCGUGAGGAUGGACGCCCAAUCUCCAGCACAGCAGAGAGACGCAGACAAGGAGAGGAGUUGCAUUUCCCCAGUGUGCAGCCUAGUGAUGCUGGCAUUUACAUCUGCACCUGCCGAGACCAACGCAGCUCCAAUAGAAGCAAAGCAGAGAUUGUUGUUACAACCUUACCAUCCAAACCGAUUGAGGUCUUUAUUGAGGAGCCCAAACGACAGAGUAUAAAUGUGGGAUCUACAGUGAGCUUCAUCUGCACAGCCAAAAGCAAGCUGCCAGCGUACACCCUGGUUUGGACCCGCAAUGGCAUCGGCAAGCUGCCUAACCGGGCCAUGGAUUUCAAUGGAAUCCUGACCAUUCAGAACGUGCAGCCUGAGGACGCAGGCAUCUAUGUUUGCACAGGCUCCAAUAUGCUUGGCAUGGAUGAGGGCACAGCCAGACUCCAUGUCCCAGAGGCUUCUCAGUCACAGAUGUUUUACACAGCCUAUGAGAUGUUUGAAGGACAUAGAAAGCCUACUGAAGGGGCCCAGCCGGUGGCCACAGUAAAUCCACCUGUGCUGACAGUCAAACAGGGCCAGCGGGCAGAGUUCCGCUGCACAGUGACUGGCAACCCCACCCCUGCUGUGGAAUGGAUAGGAGGUCCCGGAAAGCGAAUCGGCUCAAAAGCCGUCAUUCGUAACGGGCUGCUGACCAUCCCAUCGGUGGAUCACGUGGAUGACGGCGAGUACAUUUGCAAGGCCCUGAACACACAUGGCGAGCACACAGCCCGAGGAGUUCUUCAUGUUCAAAGUACAAGUCAACCUCACGGUCUACCCCACGUACAAGUGAGCCCUCCACGGGUGGAAAUUCACGAGGGUGAGACUUUACGGUUGUACUGCAGGGCCGUUGGCAGUCCCACCCCUGCCCUCACAUGGAAGAAGAGAGGUGGUUCACUGCCGCCACAGGCAAUUCCUUCUCACGGUUUCCAUCAGGUUAAAAGCAACAGUCUCGAUGUGUUACAGAGACGUAUUGAGGAGCUACAGGCCCGCCUGGAGCGCACUGACAUCGGCACUCUGUUCGUACCCAAUAUCAGGUCGUCUGAUGCAGGCACAUAUCUCUGUGUUGGAACCAACACUGUUGGUUCCUCAGAAGCUCAUAUUGAGGUCUUUGUCAAAAGAGGAGAAAUCAUCCCCUCUGGAGUCACCAUCCAGCCCUCUAUUGCUUCUGUAAUGGAGGGAGAGACUCUAGAUCUCAAUUGCAUCGUCCCAGGAACCUCUCCAGCAUCUGUCAAAUGGAGCAGGGCAGGUGGCCUGCUGUCAUCCAAUCAUCAGGUUUUGGGAACUCAGUUGCGGAUCCUGCAGGCCUCUGCAGAUGACACUGGAGAAUAUAUCUGUCAGGUCGAGGGUGGCCCAUUCCCCCGUCAGGCUUCUGUGUCUGUGUCUGUGACGUCCAGCUCCUCCCGUCUCCAGAGCCCCAUUAUCUCCAUUGAGCCUCAUAGCACAGCAGUGAAGCUGGGCGAGUUAGCGAGCUUCAGGUGCAGGGUCCACAGCGGAGCCCAGCCGGUGCGUUUGGAGUGGAAACCCACCAACAACCUGCCUCUGCCAGAUAAUGUGAAAAUUGGACCUGACAAUUCAGUCAUGACUAUUACCAAUGCUCAAGCCAGAAACCAGGGCACCUAUCGCUGCGUGGCCAGCAACCUGUUUGGAAUGACCCACAGCAUUGCAUCACUCAUUGUGAGAGAAUCUCCUAAGGCUGUAGUGACCCCUGCAGGUCCGAUGCGAAUCAGGAUCGGCGAUCCCAUCAAUCUCGAAUGCCAGGCUGCUGGAGAGCCAAGACCCUCUGUCAGAUGGCACAGACUGGACAACAACCGCAAGACGAUGCUGAGCAGCCCCGUGCCUGCCGAUUCCAGUGCUGUCAUGCAGAUCUUAGUUGCACGGCCUGAAGACAGUGGCACAUAUGUGUGCACUGCACAGAACAACCAAGGGAUAACUGAAACUCGAGUGGAGGUGUUUGUUGAAGGAGGGCCUCAGGUGCCAACUGUUCCCCGUGCCAGCGUACGUGAGCCUAUGAUAGUUGUGGUAGAGGGAUCAACAACAACACUUCGUUGUGAUGCCCAUGGAUUCCCAAAGCCCACCAUCACAUGGUCUAAAGAACGGUCGUCUUUGCCUUGGAGACACAAAAUUGUUGACAACAGCCUGAUCUUAACUAAUGUGGGCCGUCAGGACUCUGGUCAAUAUGUCUGCAACGCUACUAACCACAUGGGCACCAGUGAAGUCACAAUCAUGCUGGAAGUAGACACCCCACCCUAUGCCACUUCCUUGCCCGAUGACGUGUCUGUGCGAGUGGGUGAAGUAAUCCGACUGCAAUGCCUGGCCCAUGGCACCCCACCCCUGCGUUUUGAGUGGACCAAGGUCAAUGGCAGCUUGCCUCCUAGUGCUCAGCAGCAAGGAGGAGACCUCCAGAUCAACCUGGCCAAGGAGAGCGAUGCUGGGACAUACAAGUGUGUGGCCAGCAACAAGGUUGGCAAGAGUGAAGCGCAGGCCAGAGUGUCUGUUCGAUCACCCCUGUCAGUGAAAGUGUCCCCACAGGUGGAAGUGAAGGCUCUGGGCAGUGCUGUGGAGUUCACCUGUGCUGCUAAAGGAGGGUCUCACAUUGAGAUUGAGUGGCUGAAGGAGGGAGGAGUUCUUCCACCAAAUCAUCACAUUAAAGACGAAGUGCUCAGAAUGGUGGUAUUUGUGAGGACUCUACAGCCAGUCUCUACAAAUGCAGUUGCCAGAGAGGAUACACAGGAAGCAACUGUCAGUCAAGCAGUUCUGCGCAGUCAGGAGCCCAUGUCUCUGGGUCAGUGGCAUCGCGUGGUGGCCGAGCGGCUCAAUAAGGAUGGUUCCUUGAAAGUGGACCAUGCACGAGAGAUCACAAGGUCUUCUCCAGGCAAGGCACAGGGCCUUAAUAUCCACACACCCAUGUAUCUGGGAGGAGUGCCCAGCAUGGACAUCCUGCCCAAACCCGCAAAUGUUAGCAUGCUCUUUGAUGGAUGCAUAGGAGAGGUCUUCAUCAAUGGAAAGAAGUUGGAUCUAUCAUACAGCUUCAUAGAGAGCAGAGCCAUCAGCCAGUGUAAAGAUGGCAAUCCAUGUGACCGCAGGCCUUGUCUGCACGGAGGCACCUGUAUGGCCAGUGCUGAGUAUGAGUACCAGUGCCUCUGCGCUGAAGGAUACGAGGGUGACCGUUGUGAAAUAGUGAGGGAGAGCUGUCGAUUCUCCUCUCAGUGCCAGAACGGUGGCAGCUGUGUGAAUAACCACUGUGUGUGUCCCGCCGGCUACACAGGCCGGCACUGUGAGAAAGGGCAGGAGUCCAGAUUCACCGAGGCACUGUGGAAUUUGGAGGGUAGUGGGGGAAAUGACUCGCCUAUUGAAUAUUCUGCAUAUUUCCAUGAUAAUGGAUAUCUGGCUCUUCCGAAGCCCAUGUUCCCACGAAGUGCUCCUGACUCUCCAGAGACUAUCGAGUUAGAGAUCAACACUGUCGCUAAAGACGGACUCGUCCUGUGGCAGGGAGUGGAGCCUGCAGGCGCUCUAAGCCUCCGUAAGAAGCAUGCUAGUAUAAAGGAACUAGGAGGUCAAGGAAAGGGGAAGGACUUCAUAAGUAUUGGUUUACAAAAUGGACAUAUUGUGUUUAGUUACCAGCUGGGCAGUGGAGAGGCUCAUAUUCUCUCCAGAGAGCCUGUCAAUGAUGGACAGUGGCACAUGAUCACUGCAGUCCGAACGGGUAAGCAGGGCUACCUUCAAAUCGAUGGAGGAUCUGUCCAACGUGGGCAAUCAGAAGGCAAAAGCAUCAUGGUGAACACCAAGGGCAACAUAUACCUGGGUGGAGCUCCAGACAUGAAAGCAUUGACCGGUGGGAAGUACUCAUCAGGUAUCACAGGCUGCGUGAAGAACCUCUCACUGAUGAACGCUCGACCGGGAGAACAGCCAGCACGACCUAUCGACCUGCAGGUCCACGCAGAGGAGGGCAUCAACGUGGAGCGCUGCUUAACAUAGACGCAGUACUAAAACACUAGCAGAGACUACAGAACUUUUUCCCCUCAUCCACAUUCACACUGAGAAACAUGCAUUUCUCAGACGCUUACAGGACAAACUACAGUCACACUUAAACAGAGACAUACACUGAUUCGUGUUUCUUGGUGCUUCACCGCAACCGAAAAAAACACACAAGAAAGGAUUCUUCGCUCUGUGCUGCAUUAAACCAAAAAAUAAGAAAAAUGUAUGAUAUUAACAAGUCUUCAAUUUUUCAGUGUUUUAUGCUCAAUCAAGGACCUAUUAACACAGAAGCUCCGAACAGUAGCUUUUUAGCCAUGAGAAAAAGAUGACAAAAAUGGUUUAAAAAAUAAACAUGAUGAGCCUUCUAUGGUGGGUCAGAUCCUAUGGAAUCGGAGAUGUUUUUACAGCACUGAAUUUUUAUUUAUAAGCAUAUUAAUCUAUAUAUAUAUAUAUAUUAUAUUUGUGGGGGAAAUGCAAGCUAACAUUAACCUGCUCAUUUGUUUUCCUAGCAGUGAUUCUAGGCUCUAACAAUGCGUGUCUGAGGUUUAGUGCCCGAGCUGUGUUAAUACUUGAAGACUCUGCUGCCUUCUUUUACUCUGUUUGAGGGCCGGUGGGGGCGAGCAUGCUUAGAUACCAUGAGGAACGGGUCUCUGUGAGGUCACAGCACAGAAGACGUCAAGACGCAUCUCAGGUGAAGA